AUGCCGCCCGCGAGCUCCUCCUUCACGCCACUCAAUAUACCGAACGAUGUAGUACCAGAGUGGAUGGGGUCGUUUACCCUGGCCGCGCCCCCAAAUACCGACCUCUGGAGAAAGCCCCCUUCGCGAGAUACAUCGACGGCCCCCAUCCUCUUUACCGCGCUGCGCAGCCCGUUUAUAGCCGCUGAAGUGGCCGUAUCCGCAGAUUGGGAGCUGGAGUGGGAUCAGGGAGGACUUGUUAUAUUUGCGGGCGCACCGCCAGGGCAGAUGGCAACAGCACACCCAGAGGCUCCGAAUGUUGUGGACCUCUCCUUGGACGACGACGACGACGACCUCCUAACACCAAGCCCGCCAUUCUCUCAGUCGUCGAGUCUCGAGAGUCCCGAGUAUACGCCAGCCCAAAGUCCAGCGUUAGAAUCAAGUUCCGGACCCCAAAGAGAACGCGGCCCCCCGCCCCCAUACGUAGCUCCGGCCCCAGCAUCUAAAUGGGUAAAAGUUGGCCUCGAGUUUUGCAACAACGCAUGCCACGCAACGUCCGUCGUCGCCAAUUCUGACGGCGCAGACUGGUCUCUAAGCGCGCUCCCACCCCAUCAUGCAAGUCGACUCGAUCUGCGCGUCAAGAUUGAGCGCAUCGGAUACGCACUAUGGGUGUGGUACGAAGAUGAAGCGGUGGGUUGGAAAAAGCUUAGAGAAGUAACGUGGUUCUUCUGGGGCGUGGAAGACAAAGCUGUUCGCGUAGGAGUGUACGCGAGUCGACCCGCAAACUUUGGCGUGAGUAUGUAUGAGAGGAAUCACGGUGGAGGACAGAAUACUAGGACCAGGAAUCUCUGUGUGGAUUUCGAGGGGUUGGAGAUCUUUUGA